AUGGCGGCGCAGCCAAUCGGCGCUGGCCGGGCCGCCGCCGGCCCCCGGCUCUCGCGGGCAGAGCCCCGAGCUGAGCCUGCUGCCCGGGGCUCGGCGGGCUCUCGGGGGUCCGGGCAGCUGCUAGCGCUGCGGCCCCGCGUGCCUGAGCCUCCGCAACCUGCCGUUCCGCGGAGCGGGGAGGCAGACGCUGGCCUCGGGUGGCUUGGAGGGACUGCUGUUGAGAGACAUCUGGUUGUCGUUAGUCUGCAGCCGCUGCCAGGACCCGCGGCGCCCUUCCGGGACGUGUGGAACCGCAGCUUCUGCCGGCCGCUGGAGCAGCUGGUAGACGUGGCCGCCGAGUUCCCGGGCGAGGUGCAGGACGUCUUCAGGCCCUCCUGCGUGGCCCUGCAGCGCUGCGGCGGCUGCUGCGGCGACGAGGGGCUGCGCUGCGUCCCGCUGGAGAGCCGCACCCUCCGCGUGCAGCUCCUGAGGAUAAAGCCGAGCGGGGAGGCGCCCUACGUGGAGAUGGCCUUCACCGAGCACAAGCGCUGCGCCUGCAGGCCGCGGCAGGACCCGAUGAAAGCCGGGAGGAGGAGAUCGAAGGGCCGAGGUAAGAGGAGACAAAACAAGAAGAGACGUAAAGACUGUGCGCUGUGCGGCACGCCGCGCAGGUAGCCGCCGCUGCGCCCGCGGCCCCGCUCCUGCCGGCGGGGUUUGAGCCAGUGGCAUUUCUGUCCUGUGCCUUGGACCUGUGGCGCCGCACCCCCCGCGCAGCCUGGAGGCUGGGCAGCGACGGCCGCCCGCGGGAGCAGCCGGCGGGACAGGGCCACGGACUCCUGCCCGCUCCUGGCGGGAGCGCGGCCCCGGAGCCGAGGACUCUCCCUUGCCCCCGUCUGCCCCACUGGCAGCAGGGGCUGACGGAUGUCUCGCCAGCCUGGGGCAAGGAUGAGGAGCUGGCGGCGCACCUCCCUGCUCCCGGGGAGCCUGGCGCAGGGAGCCGGUGGCCGAGCCCCUGGAGCGGACCGGGAGGCUGGGGGGCAUCCUCUGACCCUGGGAGCUGGCUCAGAGGGGAGCAGCAGCGGCGUCCCUGCACAGCUGGGGAGGAAGGAAACCAGGACUGAGCAGGGCUGCAUCUGCCCCAGCCUUGGCAUGGGACAAGCCUGGGAGGGGAACUGUUUUGGCGGGGAAGGGAGGAAAUGGGGGGUGCCAGGGCCCCCUCAUGUGCUCGCAGCUGCAUCCCAGCCUCCCUGUUCUCCAUAAAAUCUGGUUGCUGGAGCCAGGAGCUGGCGGCAGCAGAAGUCCCGUCCCCUUUCUGGCAGCUACGAAGCUCUCUCCUGCCAGCUCCCGGUCCGUCCUGUGGCGCCAGCACCUCGCCAUGGGGCUGGCCUCGAAGCAGAGUCCUGUAGUGCUGCGGGGGCAACCCCAGCCGGGCACUUGCCCCCGUGCUGGGGGCUCGGGGGCCCUCGGGCGUUGGGCUGCCUCCUCCACGCAGCAGCGUGGGGCCUGGGUGCCUCUCCUUGUUCACCACCCCCUUCCUGCUCUGACCUCUGUCUAAAUAAUUAGCCAAGGGCUGGUCCCAGCUUGCUUUCCCGUGUCUUUCUAUCCUCCUCUUCCCCCUUGCAGGCGCCACAGUUUGCCCCCACCCUCCCCUUCGUCCCACCCUGGGCCUGGACUCCUGCCCUGAGGCUCUUCGGUCCCUCUCCCUGCCUGGGCUGCUGCGAGGUUGGGGCAGCAGCUGCCUCUGCGCCCAGGAAGGGCUUUGCCGAGGGCCGCCCGCCCCUCCUGCGCCCGAGGGCUGGCUUGCUGGGGGAGCCGCCUCCCCCCGGGGUGCGCAGUGGGAGUGAGGGGCCUCCCGGGGGCUGUGAUGCCCCUGCGGCUCCCCCGGGUUGGGGGCAGCCCCGGCCCUGCCCGCGCCCUCGUUUCCCCCUUGCUCCAGCCGCGACGGUGGAUGCAGCGGGUCCCUGGCUGGGAGAGCUGCUGGUGGGCGCUGGCGGUGGGCGCUGCGCCGCCGGGGCUGGGCGUACCGUCCCGCGGCGCCCCGGGCCAGGCCUUCGCGGCGAGCCUGCUCUGCCUCCGAAGCCUGGCGCGGAGCUCCUCCGCGGCGGGGACGGCCGCCUCCCCUGCCCGCGCCGCCUGAGCCUUUCCCCGGCCAGACCUGCUACGGCCGCCCGGCUGCCCCCACCUUAAAAAGGAGGAGGUUAAUUAAUAAAAAGAAACGUUGCCAGGA